UCGGCUCUGCAGGUGCCAUCUACGGUGCCUCCGGCGAGUUCCGACAUGCCGAUGAUGCCAGAUGAUUCGCAGAAGUGUGUCAACUCACUGCAGAACUCGUUGCAGAGCCGAAACAUUCACAUCCCUCAGCCGAAUGCUUCGUGCGACGCCGUGUUGUGCUUCUGCGGCAUCCGCCUCCACCAAAUCACCUCUUUGAGCUGCCCCUCCGCGUUUAAUAUUACUGGGAAUUACAGAAAUGCUACUCCCACAGCUGCCGUUAGGAAAUUGGAACAGAAUUGCAAGAAUUCUUCUUAUGCUGGUUGUACUAGAUGCCUGGUUGCUUUUCAAAAGUUGACAGGGGGUGACAAAAAUGUAACAAAACAACUAGACCGCGAAAACAACAACAGGGCUAGCAUAAUGUUGAGUAGGGAUUGCCAAUUGAUGGGACUAACAUGGCUGCUGGCACUUAACAAGACAGCGUACAUACCAACCGUCUCGGCCGUGUUGCGAGCUACCAUGUACAGUGCGAACCCUCCCCAUGAGUCCAAGUGUAGUCCCGACCAGGAGAACAUGCCCUUGGCCGUCGACUCGCUACAAUUCGAGAAAUACGAUUCGGCAUCAUCAAGAUUAGCUAGUACAAAAUUUCCAAUUACUAGGAGUUUGAUUCCACUUUUGCCCUUAAUCAUUCUUGGAUCUCUUUUUGUGUAGGGUGGUGGGUUUGGUUGGGUUUGUUUUGUUCUCACGUCACAUGUUGACCCUUCCCUUUUUUUUUUUUUUGGGGGUAUGUGAUUCUGAUAUGUCCGGGCAUCACGUGAAGAUAGUGGACAAAUGACAAACGGUGGUGGGUCUUUCUUACAUUGUAAAAUAUCGGUAUUCAUUGAAAUCAACAAUUUUAUUGAUUAAGAAUAAUUUCUGGA